CCAAGAGCAGUCGUAAAAGUUUUCUCUAAGACACCAAACCCUGAUUUUCCAUUACUCAUCUUCUUCCUCCUCUUCCAGUUUCAGGACUUUCUCAAUAUUAUUUUUAUCUUGAAAAGGAGUGAGAAGCAGAUUAUGUCGGGGCUGGCUUGCAACUCUUGCAACAAAGAAUUCAACGACGAUUCUGAGCAAAAGUUCCAUUACAAGUCUGAAUGGCACCGCUACAAUCUCAAGCGCAAGAUAGCUGGGGUCCCUGGGGUUACAGAAGUAUUAUUUAUGGCUAGACAAGCUGCUCUUGCUCAGGAGAAAAACAAGUUAAGCGAAACCCCGAUGCUCUACAGCUGUGGUCUCUGUGGCAAAGGGUAUAGAAGUUCCAAGGGUCAUGCUCAGCAUCUUAAGUCACGAAAUCACAUCCUGAAGGCUUCUCAAGGGGUCAAUAAUCAAGAUGAGGACAUGGCAAUCAUCAAGCCGCUGCCACGUCGUGUUGUGAAUAAGGCUCCUCUGCAAAGGGAUGCUCCUAACGAUGAAAGUGAAGAAAGUGAAGAGAGUGAAGAUGAGUGGGAGGAGGUUGAUCCUGAAGAAGAAUUGAUUGGUGAAGCUACAAAGUCUUUGACUGGCUUGAACGUUGAUGAGCAUGCUUCUGAUGAUGACAUGGACGACAAGGAUGAUGUUGAAGAGUUUGAUCAGUUGGAUCCAUCUUGUUGCUUUAUGUGUGAUUUAGAGCAUGAUAACAUAGAGAGCUGCAUGGUUCACAUGCACAAGCAUCAUGGAUUUUUCAAUCCUGAUGUUGAGUACUUGAAGGAUCCUCAAGGCUUUCUUACUUAUCUUGGCCUUAUGGUCAGAAGGGAUUUCAUGUGUUUGUACUGUAAUGAUAGAUGCCACCCCUUUAGCAGCUUGGAAGCAGUUCGGAAGCAUAUGGUUGCAAAAAGCCAUUGCAAAGUACACUAUGGUGAUGGUGGCGAUGAUGAGGAAGUAGAGCUAGAAGAGUUCUAUGAUUACAGCAGCAGCUAUGUGGAUGAGUAUGGUAAGCAGCUGGUUGCGUCAGGUGAUACCAACGCUGUGGAACUUGCUGGGCCCGAGCUCCUUAUAACAAGGAGAUCUAUCGAUGGAGUUUCAACCAAAACACUUGGUUCCCGGGAAUUCUUGCGCUAUUACCGCCAGAAACCACGCCCAUCACCCAUGCAUGACAAGGCCAUAUCAGCUGCUCUGGCCUCAAGGUACAAGAGCAUGGGACUGGCGACUGUGCAGUCAAGAGAACGUAUGGUGAGGAUGAAAGUGAUGAAGGAAAUGAAUAGAUCAGGAGUGGAGGCCAUGCGAAGUAAGAUGGGAAUGAAGAGUAAUGUCAUUAGGAAUUUGCCUAAGAAUGUCACAUAUUAAUUCAUCAUUGUACGCAGUCCUUUGGUUAAUUGACAUUUUGUGGAGAUUAUAACUUGUUUGUGGACAUCAUUUAUGAAAAAAAUAAGUUUUCCCCAAAAAGGUCAUAGGUAUGUUUUGUCUUGCAAUUUGCCCGUCUUUGAUGGGUUCACUUCAGCAAAAAUAAAAAUAAAUUAUUCAUACUAAAGUUA